CACGGCCAAGUACGAUUCAGAAUGUACCAACAAUCGGGCUACAUGAAAGGAUUGACCAGCGCAGACAGCGUUGGAUGUGCUUGCGGCGGUCUCCAGAGGGUGGCUGUGCUUUGGAGUGCCGCAGAGAUGUCACAUGCGUCACACUGGAGCGCCGCAGACUCUUCUGGAGUGCCGCAGACUUGUUUGGAGUGUCGCCAGAGGCCCCGCAGGAGUGCCGCGGUGUGCUGUGGAGUCUGCGGCACACUGUUCUGGAGUGCC